AUGGGUAGCCCAGAUAUUGUUGAUAUUAUUGUUGGAAAAGAUGAGAAAGGCAGAAAGAUUCCAGAAUAUCUGAUCCACUUUAACGGUUGGAACAGAAGCUGGGAUAGAUGGGCAGCUGAAGAUCAUGUUCUUCGCGAUACGGACGAAAACCGCAGAUUACAGCGUAAAUUGGCACGGAAGGCUGUGGCUCGCAUGAGAAGAAAGGGAAGAAAGAAGAGACGUUGCAGGUUGCCUGGUGUUGACUCUGUAUUAAAAAGCCUUCCUGCAACCAGUGAAAACUCUAUAAGUAGUUCUUCUUCUGAUGACAGUGAUGAAGGAACAGAUGAAGAAAUAAAAAGUGAAGAAAGUGACAUAGAAGAGAGGACAGAAAUGAAAGAAGAACAAGACACUCAUACAAAAAGGGACAUGGAAGAAAGAGCGAUAAAUAUAGAAAUUCCUGAAGUCUUGAAAAAGAAACUUGAGGAAGACUGUUACUAUAUUAAUAGAAGAAAACGGCUUGUGAAGCUGCCUUGUCAGACAAAUAUAAUAACGAUCCUGGAAUCGUAUGUGAAACAUUUUGCAAUUAAUGCUGCUUUUUCAGCCAAUGAAAGAUCUCGGCACCAUCAGAUGACUCCACACGCUAAUAUGAAUCUUCAUUAUGUGCCACCAGAGAAGAAUGUUGAGCUAUGUAAAGAAAUGGUGGAUGGGCUGAGAAUAACUUUUGACUUCACACUUCCAUUAAUUUUGCUCUAUCCUUAUGAACAAGCUCAAUUUAAGAAGGUGACUUCAUCAAAAUUCUUUCUUCCCAUCAAAGAAAACUCAACCAAUACUAACAGAAAUCAGGAGGAGCUUUCCCCAAGUCCUCCUCUGUUAAACCCCCCAACGCCUCAGUCAACCGACAGCCAGCCUACAACAGGGGAGCCAGCCACGCCAAAAAGACGGAAAGCUGAACCUGAAAUACUGCAGUCGCUGAGACGUUCUACACGCCACAGCUCUAACUGUGACAGGUUAUCAGAAAGCAGUGCUUCCCCGCAGCCUAAACGACGGCAUCUUGAGACCCCAGCUUCUAUGCCAAAGCUCUUCUUGCACCUGGAAAAAAAAACCCCUGUCCAUAGUGGAUCAUCUUCACCUAUAACAUUGACUCCUAGCAAAGAGGGGAGUGCAGUUUUUACUGGCUUUGAAGGUAGAAGAAACAAUGAAUUGAAUGAGGUUUUGUCCUGGAAAUUGAUGCCAGAGAAUUAUCCACCAAGUGAUCAACCACCACCUCCCUCCUAUAUCUAUGGAUCUCAACAUUUGCUACGGAUGUUUGUAAAGCUACCGGAAAUACUGGGGAAGAUGUGCUUUCCUGACAAAAACCUAAAGGCUUUAGUAAAACACUUCGAAAUGUUUCUAAGGUUUUUAGCAGAAUACCAUGAUGAUUUCUUCCCAGAAUCUGCCUACGUAGCUGCAUGUGAAGCCUACUACAGUACAAAAAAUCCUCGAGCAAUCUACUGAAAUUACUAAUAAAGAUUAAAUCUUACAUACGUAGCCCGUGACAAUGCUAUUUUGCCAUGUGGCUACAAGAUGAAGAUGAAAAAGAAAUUAAAACAACUUAUGGAGUUGAAGAAAUAGGAUAAUAUCUUCUGUGAUGGUUGGAUUACUUGGGAAUGGAGAACUUUUCAGAGGUGUAUAUAGUCUGCAUUGUGAGUGGUUAGCGGAUUGACCACAACUCCAACUCAUGAAUGAAGAAGCCUUGUUCUGAUGUCUAAUGCAUGGGACUGCAUAGGACUAUUAACGAGGAAAGGAGGCAAAAGCAGAUGCAUUAGCAACAGGACAUU